UCGCAUUCCAAUGUGCAACUUGAUUCGAGCUUCUCUGUUUUGACUUCUCAAAAUACACAGAAAUAUCUGCCGACCUUGAAUUUAAACCAUGCGAAUAUAUUCCGUGGAAUGCUUCCGAUUCAUUCAGGCGGACCACUUCUAUUAAAAUGAAUGGGAGAAAUUGGAACGCCUGACGGCAGCCAUUGGUCAGCGGAUGUAGAAAAGAAGUCCCGCCUUACAGAAAUGUGAGUGAUGAAGAUUGUGUUAAAAUGCCUCUUCAAGACAGAAAGUCUAGAGGACCGAUUAAAUCCCAUCAAAAACCCAAAGACGCCAAUCGAAACCCAAAGGAGCUUCUUGAUCUAAAGAGGCUUCUAUCUCUGAUCACAGCUCCUUUAUCCAAAAAACAGGUUUCAGCAGUAAGUCAGUCUAAAGGACUGAAAUCUCGGAUCUCCUCAAAUGUUCCCAACCGGAAAAUCGGUCCAAGCACUGAAGCGUCUGAGCUGGAGAACUUCAGCGUGGCCUACAGAAACCAAAGAUGUUUUAGCGACCAGCCACAUCACAAACUCUUCCUGGACAUCUUCACUGCCUUGAUGGAUAACAGACUCGGAUGCAGUGAAUGGUUGGAAAAUUCAUCAUCAGACAACGUUUUAAGAGUUCUGAAUUGCUUGAGAUUGUUGAUCAGAGAUUCAAGUCAUCAAAAAGUCUUCUUUGAACUCCAAGGCGCUGGGCAACUUGCGAAGUACAUGGAGUCGGUUGCGACCAAUUAUCUAGAAUGCAGAGAAGACACACUUCAAAUCGAGCAGCUGGUUGCCAUGACAUAUAUGAUUCAGAAAUUGUCUUCAGUCGAUGAACAAAGGCAGUGGAUUAUUAAUUGUGGGGCACACAAGACUCUUGUGCGGCUGCUGUCCACGCGGGACAGUAGUGUGGUGUUAGGAGCGCUCCUGGCUCUCACAACACUUGCUGAAAGUCAAGAAUGCAAAGAGAAUAUCGGGGAGCUGUCCGUGGUGGAGCAUCUUCUAGUGGUAUUGCAAGAAUAUGACAUGUUAUCCAAAAGGUUGAGUGCAGAGCUGUUGCGGUUGCUGUGUUGCGUUCAGCGCGUCAGAGAGCAGCUGCGUCAGUGUGACGGGGUGCCUGUGUUGCUCAGUCUCCUGCACGCUGAACACAUCAAGCUGCUGUGGAGCGCCGUGUGGGUCCUCGUGCAGCUGUGUCAGGAUUCAGAGUCCAGCGCUGAGAUCCGAGCAUGGGGGGGCGUGCAACAACUGCUGCGCGUCUUGCAUGGUGAGCACGUGUAUGUGUCCGAUCGCUCCACCGUAGACACUCUCUCCAGUGCUAACGCAGCAGGCAGAAUACACAGACGGCACGUGUUAGCGGAGGUGAGCCCUCAAGAGACUGCAGAGAACACCAUGAAUCUACAGGCAGCAUGCUGUGCUGCGAUCACUGAGCUUGUUUUGGAUGACACAACAGCACGUAACGUAGUGCAGGAGAAUGGUGUGUAUGUAAUCAGCAAACUGAUAUUGCCACAAAGCUUUAACGGACCUCAGGCAAGAUCUCUACAGUGUUACGCUUUCAGGGCUCUACGUUUCCUUUUUAGUAUGGAACGCAAUAGACAUCAUUUUAAAAGACUGUUUACCCUAGAGGUGUUUGAGAUGUUUAUUGAUGUUGGACAUUAUGUAAGAGAUAUUGCUGCGUAUGAACCACUGCAGGAAAAAAUCGCCCUCUUUUCAGAGGAAGAGUUGGAUGUUCUCAGGGAAAACAUAGAGACGGUGAAUCAGAAUCGCCCUCCGCUGAGAGUUAUCAACGGUUAUGCGGUUUUGGAUCAUCUGGGUAGUGGUGCUUUCGGCAGCGUCUUUAAGGUCCGUAAGCAGAGCGGGCAGAACUAUCUUGCACUGAAGGAGGUUAACUUUCAUAAUCCUGCCUUUGGCAAAGACAAGUGCUCAAGAGACAGAAGUGUGGAGAAGAUUGUUUCUGAGCUGACCAUCAUUAAAGAACAGAUGUCACACCCAAACAUUGUAAAAUACUUCAAAACAUUUUUAGAAACUGAUAAACUGUACAUUGUGAUGGAACUGAUAGAAGGAGCUCCACUGGCGGACCAUUUCAACUCUCUCAAAGAGAAACAGCAGACGUUCACUGAGGAGAGAGUGUGGAACAUCUUCAUACAGAUAUGUCUGGCGUUGAGAUACUUACACAAGGUGAAACGGAUCCUCCAUCGAGAUCUCACUCCCAAUAAUAUCAUGCUCGGAGAGAGAGAUAAAGUCACCAUCACUGACUUUGGUCUUGCAAAACAGAAACAGGAGAACAGUAAGCUGACGUCAGUCGUUGGAACAAUACUGUAUUGCUGUCCAGAGAUUGUGAAAAAUGAGCCGUACGGUGAGAAGGCAGAUGUUUGGGCUGCAGGCUGUAUCCUCUAUCAGUUGGUAACUCUGACACCUCCGUUCUACAGUGCAAACAUGCUGUCGCUCGCUACCAAGAUCGUGGAAGCGGUCUACGAGCCAAUAGAAGACAAAGGCUUCUCUCAAAGGGUAACAGACAUGAUUGAAUGGUGCUUGACUCCAAAUGCAGACAUGCGUCCGGACAUCAUUGAGGUCAGUGCUAGAAUUUCUGACAUCAUGAUGAAGUUUGUGGACAGUCUCUGUGCAUCCUAUAAUUCACUGGAGAGAAGGGCGGAGAGAGACAGGAAGAGAGCGCAGAAGUACUUCCUGGAGAGAAACAAGACCAGCAUGUACAGUCCACAACAGAGUGCAGGCCUGAAAGAACAAGAUCGUCAAGAUGGACCACAGAGUUUUGAAUCUUCUGCAUCUGUUUUAGCAAGUGGAAAGGAACAACAACAAAGCGAAGAAAUGGCCCAGUGCAGUGGAAAGUAUUCUGAUGAGCUAAACCCAGUCAGUGGGGAUUUUCAAAAGGCAAAAACACGACCAGCAUCGGCAGGUAUUUGUUUAUCUCAGAGAAAAGUUAGACAAAUCGUUGAUCCGAACCAAAGACUUCUUGAACUUCUGCAUAAGAUUAUAUUUAUAACUCAGCUUCCACCAGCUCCCCAAAACAACUUCAAGCAGCGGGCGAUAGAGCGCUUUAAGAAACCGCUGUUCACUUACGGCAGUGAUCCAUAUAAUCUGAAGGUGGAACUCAAUAAGGUCCUUCAAGGCAGUCAGGAGCUGGUGGAGAUGACGUCAGCAAGCAGAGAGUGGUGGUCCAUGAUCCAGUCUCUAAGUUCAGACCCGCCAUCUUCUGAAAGCCGUGGUGAAUCAGGAUACUCCAGUCUUCAAGAUGGACUCACUUAUGAGGACAUACAGACUAUUGUGGAGGAAGUGCUUGAAGAGAAUGGCUAUUAUAACACAACUCUGGGCAGGGGCGAGCUGGGUUCAGCUGUUGGGACGAGAAGAAUUCAAACCCUGUGAGCUCCAGCAGCGCAUCAGUGAUUGAUUGACACCUGUCACCUGCCUCCCAACAGACUUCAGCCUUUCAGGUCAACAUGACACAUGCAAAGAUGACAUGAACUUAAUCACAGUAUGAGUGUCAAUCUGGGAAUAUUCCAGUAAAUCAGAUGCAUCUGAA